AUGAAGAAGCAAAGACAGCAGAUGAGUCAAUAUGCAUGUGAAGAAGAAUCGAGGAAGGUCGAAGUGCGCGAUCAAAUAAACGUAGGAAGUUCAAGUACCGGUAUAGAUGGAUGGAAAUCGAGGUCGACUACUGAUGGCCUUUUACGAGAUGGAAAAAAAGCAAUCAAGAUUAAUUCUAUCUCGAAUGUUGCAAAUAUCGAGCGAUCGAAAGCAUCAGAAUAUCAGAACGGACGAAGCGAACAUACGAUAAAGUAA